UUCGUAGAAAAUGAAUUUGGAAUCAGCUGAUACUAUAAUAAUGUAGUGCUCUCUUUGCAGUUUGUAGAUUAGCAUUGAAUAUAAAUACGUAAAGCCUUCAAUAUGUUUGGGCCGUUUUUAUAUAUUCUAGAAGUCAGGAAAGAGUUUGUAGUAGUUUCUCUUUCAGUAUUGUACAUAACAUAUUAUCUCCUGGAAGUCGUCAAGAAACCAAUGCUAGUAUGCCGCGAAGGUAAAUUUCGUCAAUUUCUGGAGGAAGAAGUGCCGUUACUCCAAGAGUCAUACUGGCCGACACCAUGGUGUGUAGAGUCCCGGCUUCAAACUGUUCUCGGCUCCAUUAUACGCUCGCACCUGCUUCCACCGGUCCAGUAUAGAAGGGAGGUGCUGCGGCUGUCGGACGGCGGUCAGUUGGCGCUGGACUGGGCGGAGCUGGGCGGUGCGGGGGGCGGGGCGCGGCCCACGCUGCUGGUGCUGCCCGGGCUGACGGGCGGCGCGCACGCGGACUACGUGCGCUGCCUCGUCGCCGCCGCGCACCGCCUCGGCGCCGACGCCGUCGUCUACAACAACCGCGGCCUCGGCGGCCUGCCGCUCACCACGCCGCGGCUGUACUGCGCCGUGUCACACGAGGACCUGGCGGAGGCGGUGGCGGCGGUGGCGGCGCGCGCGGGCGGCCCGCUGCUGGCGGCCGGCGUGUCGCUGGGCGGCCUCAUCCUGGGCCACUACCUGGCGGAGCGCGGAGCGGAGGCGCGCGUGGCCGCCGCGCUCGUCGUGUCCUCGCCGCUCGACGUGGUGCGCGGCUCCGCUUGCAUGGAGGGCCCGCCGCUCAACCGUGCGCUGUCGUGGCACAUGGCGCGCAACCUGCGCGACACCGUCGCCGCGCACGGGCUGGGCGGCGGCAGCGUGGCGGCCGCGCGCUCCGUGCGCCAGUUCGACGCCGCCUUCACCGCGGCCCACUUCGGCUUCGCGUCCGCCGACCACUACUACCGUGCCGCCUCGCUCACGGACAAGCUGCGGCACGUGCGCGUGCCGCUGCUGUGCCUGUGCGCCGCCGACGACCCCUUCCAGCCGCUGGAGGCUCUGCCGCUGCGCGAGGCGGCCGCCAGCGGCAGCGUGGCGCUGGCGGUGACGGCGCGCGGAGGCCACAUCGGCUUCCUGGAGGGCUGGUGGCCGGCGCCGCCCGCGCGCCCGCCGCGCGACCAGUACAUGGCGCGCCUGGCGCACCAAUACUUCGCCGCGCUGCUGCGCCGCCCCGACCUGCUGCACGCCCCCUCCUAGCGCCCCGGGCGGCGACGGGCCUGCGCGGCGGCAGGUCGCUCCCACCUAGUACGAGGAUCCUCG